CUGUUGUCAUCCACAUACCGGAAAUGGCUCGGCGGAACUUGCCUGAACCCAAGGUCUGGCUGUACAGGUGGGACGGAAACGGGGAAUGGAACAUAGAACAGUUUGUUAGGCGUGCGUGAGGGAGACCGGAAGUGGGGCACAGAUAGGGAACUAGUAGUGUGUAAGUGAGUGGCAGCACGGUUGCUAGGCGCAGACAGGAAGUGAGGGUUGGGGAGUAGGUGUGUGGGACUUGCCACUGGGCAGUGUGAGUAGAGCAGUAUGGCUAACCCGGCUUUUCCCCUGUGCGCUCUCCUGCUGUUGGGGACCCUGUGCCCGGUGUAUCCCUUUGCCACUAAGAAGGACAUGCUGGAUUACUCGGAGGCCCACGACCAUUAUUAUGACUAUGAGGAGCUGACAGGGCUUCUCCGUGCCCUCCAGCAGGCACACCCGGAACUCGCCAGCUUGGGCAGCCUGGGCCGCUCGGUGCAGGGGAGGGAGCUGUGGUACAUGAGGCUGACAGUGGAACCCGACGCUGUUCCCCCGGAGCGGCCGAAGUUCAAGUACGUGGGGAACAUGCAUGGGGAUGAGACGGUGUCCCGCCAGGUGCUCACCUACCUGACACAGUACCUGCUGGCUCAGUACGGCCGCGAAGAGCGCAUCACCCACUUACUCAAUUCCACCGACAUCUACAUCGUGCCCAGCCUGAACCCGGACGGCUUCGAGAAGUCCCAGGAAGGAGACUGCCGGGGGGGCAAUGGAGGCAGGAACAACGCCAACAACAAGGACCUGAACCGCAGCUUCCCGGACCAGUACUCCCCGGACAGUCCCCCUCCCGAUGCCGCUGUGGUGCCCGAGGUGACCGCCAUGAUGCAGUGGCUCAGUAACAACAGUUUUGUUCUGUCUGGGAACCUUCAUGGUGGUUCUGUGGUUGCAAGUUACCCUUAUGAUGAUUCACGCCAGCAUAUUGCCAGUGGCCUUUACAGCAGAUCAUCUGACGACAAAGUUUUUAAAUACCUGGCAAAGGCCUAUGCUGAAAACCAUCCUAUAAUGAAGACUGGCCAGCCAGAGUGCGAGGGAGAAGACGAGGUCUUUCAAGAUGGCAUAACUAAUGGUGCUGAGUGGUAUGAUGUUGCAGGUGGCAUGCAGGAUUAUAAUUAUAUAUGGGGAAACUGCUUUGAGGUGACGUUUGAGCUGUCUUGCUGCAAGUACCCACCCGCUUCUAAACUUGCUGAGGAGUGGGAAUACAACCGAGAGUCUCUCAUCACAUUCAUAGAAAUGGUGCAUAUAGGAGCAAAGGGUUUUGUGACAGACUCCGUCACAGGGAAAGGAAUCGAGAAUGCUAUUAUUUCUGUGGAAGGAAUUGACCAUAACAUUACAACUGGCAAACUGGGGAACUUCCAGAGAUUGUUAGCUCCGGGGUUAUACAAUAUUACUGCUUCAGGAACAGGGUACCUGCCAGAAACUCUAGUUGAUGUUGAAGUUAAACAAGGUCCAGCUACUUUGCUUGAAUUUUCCCUUCAUCCAACAGUAAUCAUUCCAGAUUCAAAUAUUAAACCAGAAACAACUACUGGCGUGAUUGCUACUACUGAGGAGCUAGGCGUGAAAACCCAAAGCACUACAACUCCCCGAAUAGCCAUCCAGCCCCAGGACUUUCGGCAUCACCGUUAUACUGAUAUGGAGAUCUUCCUGAUGAAGUUUCAUAGCGAAUACCCCAGUAUCACGCGUCGCUACUCAGUGGGAAAGUCUGUGGAGCAGAAGGAUCUUUAUGUAAUGGAAAUAUCUGACAACCCCGGCAUUCAUGAGCCAGGUGAACCAGAGUUCAAGUACAUUGGAAACAUGCAUGGCAAUGAGGUUGUUGGAAGGGAGUUACUUCUGAACCUCAUUGAGUACCUCUGCAAGAAUUAUGGGAUUGAUCCAGAAGUCACAUAUCUGGUUCAGAACACCAGAAUUCACAUUAUGCCCUCAAUGAAUCCUGAUGGGUACGAGAAGGCAGAAGAAGGGGACAAAGAUGGUUUGGUUGGCAGGAACAACAGUAACCAUUUUGACCUGAAUCGGAAUUUUCCAGACCAGUUCUUCCAGAUCACAGACCCUCCGCAACCUGAGACCUUAGCUGUAAUGACCUGGCUGAAAACCUAUCCUUUUGUGCUCUCUGCAAACCUGCACGGUGGCUCCCUUGUGGUUAAUUAUCCUUUUGAUGAUGAUGAAAAAGGCUUGUCUACAUACAGUAAAUCCCCAGAUGACCCAGUGUUCCAGCAUUUGGCACUUUCUUAUUCCAAGGAAAAUAACAAGAUGUAUGAAGGAUUUCCCUGCAAGGAAAUGUACCCCAAUGAGAAUUUUCCACAAGGCAUCACCAAUGGUGCAAAUUGGUAUAAUGUGCCAGGUGGAAUGCAAGACUGGAAUUAUCUCAACACAAACUGUUUUGAAGUCACAAUUGAGCUUGGCUGUGUGAAAUACCCUAUGGCUGAGAAGCUCCCUGCUUACUGGGAAAGCAACCGUCGCUCUAUGCUGCAAUUCAUAAAGCAGGUGCACAUUGGCAUCAAAGGUUUCAUAUUGGAUGCCACCGAUGGAAGAGGCAUACUGAAUGCCACCAUAAGUGUUGCAGGCAUUAAUCAUAUGGUCACUUCAUAUAAGGAUGGCGAUUUUUGGAGACUUUUGGUCCCAGGAGCUUAUAAAGUAACAGCCUCAGCAAAGGGAUACGGCCCUGUCACCAAAAAUGUCAAUGUCACAGAGGGAGAAGCUGUGCUGGUAAACUUCACCCUUGUUCGCUUGGGGUCAGAUUUCCACAAAGAAGAUAAAGGAAAACCAUUCACGACAGAAGCAGAGAUCCCAGAUCCCAACACUAAGGAGUUUGAGACACUGAUAAAGGAUCUCUCUGCAGAGAAUGGCUUAGAACACUUCUUGAUGUCCACAUUGGGGGAUAUCGAUCGCUUUCGCUACAGAACUUACAAGGAUUUGUCUGAGUUUCUCCAUGGCCUGAACCUUAAUUACCCACAUAUUACAAAUCGGACCAGCCUGGGUCAGAGUGUGGAAUUUCGUCACAUAUGGUCCUUGGAAAUCUCCAAUAAGCCGAACACAUCAGAGCCUUCAGAACCAAAGAUCAGGUUUGUUGCAGGAGUUCAUGGCAAUGCCCCAGUUGGCACAGAGCUUCUGUUAACAUUUGCCGAGUUUCUCUGCCUAAACUACAAAAAAAGCAACGCUAUUACCAAGCUCAUUGACAGAACAAGAAUUGUGAUUGUGCCUAUGGUGAACCCUGAUGGACGGGAGCGAGCAAAAGAGAAAGAAUGCACUUCAACCAUCGGACAAAACAAUGCAAAUGGCAAGGAUCUGGAUAGUGACUUUAUAAGUAACUCUUCUGGGCCUGUGGGAGAGCGAGAGAAAGAGACCAAUGCCAUUAUCGAUGGUCUCAUCAUGAAGCAGGAUUUUACCCUCUCCGUUGUACUGGAUGGUGGAUCUUUGCUGGUCACUUAUCCAUAUGAUAACCCAGUUCACACAGUGGAGAAUAAGGAUACUCUGAAAUAUUUGGCCUCUGUUUAUGCAAACAAUCAUCCUUUGAUACAUAUUGGACAUCCUGGGUGCCCCAACAAGUCAGAUGAAAACAUUCCCGGAGGAGUCAUCUGUGGUGCUGAAUGGAGAGGGCAUCAAGGAAGCAUGAAAGAUUUCAGUGUCACUCACGGGCAGUGUCCAGAGAUUACGGUCUACACCGGUUGUUGCUUGUUCCCUAGUUCUUCACAGCUGCACGCGCUUUGGGAAGAUAAUAAAAAGGCACUUCUUAGCAUGCUUGUGGAGGUCCAUAAGGGUGUGCAUGGGAUUGUGAAGGAUGAGACUGGAAAGCCUGUCCCCAAAGCUGGCAUCAUUAUAAAUGAUGGAGUAAAAGUCUACACCAAAGAAGGAGGUUUCUUCCAUGUGCUACUUGCCCCUGGAUUCCAUAAUAUUAACGCCAUUGCUGAGGGUUACCAGAAGCAGCAUACUCAGGUUCUUGUUCGACAUGAUGCUGCAAGUCCCAUAGAAAUAAUAUUCAAUAUGGACAACCGCAUAUUUGGCUUGCCGAGGGAGCUUGUUGUAACUGUUGCGGGUGCCACUAUGUCAGCCCUUUUACUCACUGCCUGUAUCAUCUGGUGCGUAUGUUCCAUCAAGUCCAACCGGCACAAAGAUGGAUUCCAUAGACUCCGGCAGAACAACGAUGAGUAUGAGGAUGAGAUCCGCUUGAUGUCAACUGGCUCUAAAAAGUCUCUAUUGAGCAACGAUUUUCAGGAUGAGACAGACACAGAAGAAGAGACACUCUACACCAGCAAGCAUUGAAUGCACAGAACAAGUUCAACUUGGGACUGGUUCCACCAGCAAGGGGUUAAACUUUCCCCACCACCACUGAGCUGAGAACUGCCUGUAUGGGCUGGGGAAUGCUACUGCAGGGACUACCUGCACAUUUGCCAUUGAUUUUCACUUGAACCUCUUUUGUGUUAAGUGCUCUUUAAUUUGUAUCUGGUAUAUUUGUGUGUGUGCCUGGCUGGGCCCAGAUGUGCGCUCAAUAAUGUUCAUUAUAAAGGACUGCCGAUAGCCUCUCCAUUUGCACACAGACUGCACAGAGGCCAUCAUGGAAUAAUUAGGAUUAAUCGCAAUACCUGGCAGGUGCUUUUCUGAGCCUCCCACAGAUAUCUCAGUUGUUAAUACAUUCUACUCAUGAGAACGGUGACUUUAAUAUUUAAGAUGAUUUCAUAUGAUUUUUCCUCCCUUCAUUUUAUCUUCUGCUGGAAUACAUCCCAGUCAUCACUUAAUGCCUCAAGGAAAACAAGAUGGAUGUUCAACCAGGAAACCAAUAACACUGAUCAUAAAUUUCACAGCAGAUGUGUUUUGGCAUCAGCAGCCAUUAUCCAUGCUGACUUCAUGCUUACACAUUUUAACAGAUCUGUCUGCAAGUCUUUCUGCAGUGACCAAUGGCAUCGCCGUCUAAUGUCUUGGUACUGGCACCCAACCCGUCCCAGCUGGAAGCAGUGUAAUACCCCAAAGGAAAACAUUUCCCUCCGACUCCUUGCUAAAGAUGCACUACCGUUCCUUUUAUGAGGACACAAUUAUUUGCUUUCUGAAUUCAGUUUUACUUAAUAUGAGCCUCACAUUGUAAAAAUGGUACAUAUUCUGUGUUGCUUUGUGAUGCUGUUUCAUUGCAGUGAAACCUUGUUGCCCGACCUUAAUGGACUUACUUGUAACAAGAGAAAAAGCUUUGGACUGAUUGUUCACUAUGAAUUGCCAAAUUGUACUGCCUUACUUUCCUACUUCUCCACCUGCCCAGUGAGGAGAUGUCUAGCCCUGUGUGACAUGAGAGUAUCAAAUCUUGCACCUUUUUGGAGUGUUUGUAUGAGAUUUGUGUUAUGAAGAGAUUUUUUCCUGGGGCAAUAAAGCACUGCAGGGGGCUAUAUGUCUCUAGGCACUUUUAGUAAAGACUAACAACCAUGGCUGAGACAUCUGAAGACUUUGCUUAUUUAUUACAGUGUAUAUUUGAUGCUAACAACUGCUUGGAGGUUGGAUGUGCUGUGCUAGCCUGGGAUACAGAACAAGCAGCCGGCGUGGGGCUUUCCAGCUGAGCCCCUGCUUGCAGUUACCCAUGCCUAGCUGCCCAAUAAGGCUUGUAAUGGCAGUCUGGGCACGGCAGUGUUGCCACAGGUUGGCUUUCUCUGUUCUGCUACAUACAUGCCCAGCGCUAUGUACAUUCAGCCAUCAAUAUUUAUAAGUCAUUUUUAUCUUCCCUUUAGCUUUCCCCUUUGUUGUACAGUUUUGAGUUAUUUUCAUGUAAUUAUGUGCUCUUGUGACUUAGUACAUGAUGGUGUGCCGGAUUAUCCAAAAAUGAAGAUGCCAUACAAAGAAUGAUGUAUAUAGCCCUCGUGCAGGUUGGGGGCUGUAUCCUAAAGAGCACCACAACCACCAUCCAAGCCUGCAGGCAGCCCCAGCUUCAUUUCUGCAUGGAGCAUUCCUUCUGCUUAUUUGCAUUUACAUUCAAUAUGAAUAGGCGGCUGAGGCAUCCUCCAGCACUAGAGCUCUAGCUCUCCAGGUAAUGUUGCUCUACUGCUGCUCCCAACCCUAUCUGUCAGUAGUUAAACAACAUCUGCAGGGCCAUCCUUGAUAUGUAGGGAAGAGACAGACUUUACUGUGCCUUUAAAGCAAUGCAAAGCAUUUCAGAAGAUGUAGUGACCCUUUAUCAAAAAGGAUCCAUAUUCUUAUGAUGCUGUGCAGUGUGAUAAAGCCGUGCUAUCCACAUGUUCCCUAUAGUGGGAAUACUUUAUUAUAUAAAGUUAUAUAAAAUCAAUGGUUUCAUAUAAAGAUGUCUGGUCUUGUGCAAUGUGAGGGACAUUUCCUGGAGGGCCACAUUGGGACUGCCCUGGAAAAAAAAAAACAACAUUGCACUCAGUGGUUUACUUUUUAAUGUUGUAGCGGAGUACUAAAAAUACCUCUUGCUUUUUUAAUCUGGUUAAUAUGACAGGUCCCUAAUGGCGCACAGAUCAUUUUGUGGGAUGCUGGCAAAUGCUUAUGCAUUGGGAGUAAUGGUAUAAUCAUGCCAUUAUAGCUUGGGAAUGCUCACUGACACAUUUCCAAGCCUUAAUCAUGUGACACAUGGGUGCAGGGUAAGUGCGAUUACCAUUAUUUUGCCCAGGGGUAGGAACACAUAGCAACCUAUGAGCAUGUACUGGUCACCUGCUUAAAGGCAAAUAUCUUAUUGGCUCCUAUGGGUUACUGCACCUGGGCACACUUUUAUUAGAGGGUUAGUCUUUGGCAAAGGGCUGUAGCUAUGUCUCUCAGCCAGCAGCAUCAUGCCCCUUAAAUAUGAGCCCCCCCAUGCCAGCCCCGGCUACCUAUAGAAUUGCUUAUGUGCAGCCCUCUCUGUCCAAGCCUGGCGCAUAAAGCUAAUGACUGGUAAAGCAAGGACACAUUUGUCUGAACUUAACUUGCCUGUCAAACCUGAAGCUGUAAGUAUGCAGGGAAUGCUCUGGCCUGUAAUAAACUGCUCUACUCACUAUUGAAAGGAAGAGAAUGUUCUUUCAUAGCUAUUUUGUCAAUGAACUCCUGCAUGAUAGAUACGCAGCCCAGGGGUACAUCCUGCCCAAAGAGAUUCUCAUCCAAAGCUGAAUUGGAGGCCAAAGCCAUGCAGUAUUAGUGUCAGUCAUCCUUUCCAGUAAGGCACUCUGGUCCUUUAUUUUACAUCUCUCUUUUCUCUAUGAAUAUGUAAUGACUCCUGAAGUGCCUUAUUGCAGUGACUGCAGCACCUGAAGGGUUUGGUACCGCGACUUUGUACAGCAAUGGAUUAAUGUUUGUGUAUUUACUGAUGGAAACAAUUUGUUAUGAGAACUCAUGAAAUUUUUUAGUCCUUGGAAAUAACUCCCCUCUGUUAUUGAACUUGACUUGUAAUUAAAUGAUGUGUUGCUUAAAGCAGCAGUACCUUC